AUGGAUGUUAACUUGUUGAAAUCCAUCAAUGAAAGGCUUGCCAAACUUGAUAUCUCGGAUAUACUACGAGAGGACAUCAAUGCAUUAUGUGCCAGUCUAGAAUUCAGCCAAUGUCAGAUUGAUGAUCUAAGGAAAGAGAACACGGAGCUGAAAGAUACUGUAGACUCUAUACUGUAUACUGUAGAUCUAUACUGUAGACUCAUAAUGAGACUCUAUAUGUAGACUCUAUACUGUAGAUCUAUACUGUGACUUAGAUGUAGACUUAUUACUGUAGACUCUAUAAUGUAGUCUCUAUACUGAGACUCUAUACUGUAGACUCUAUUCUGUAGACUCUAUACUGUAGACUCUAUUCUGUAGACUCUAUACUGUAGACUAUUCUGUAGACUCUAUUCUGUAGACUCUAUACUAUAGACUCUAUUCUGUAGACUCUAGACUGUAGACUCUAUUCUGUAGACUCUAUCUGUAGAUCUAUAUGUAGACUUAUACUGUAGACUCUAUAAGUAGACUCUAUACUGUAGACUCAUACUGUAGACUCUAGAAUGUAGACUAUACUGUAGGACUCUAUCUGUAGACUCUAUACUGUAGACUCUAUACUGUAGACUUACUACUGUAGACUCUAUACUGUAGACUUAUACUGUAGACUCUAUACUGUAGACUCUAUACUGUAGACUCUAUACUGUAGACUCUAUACUGUAGACUCUAUACUGUAGACUCUAUACUGUAGACUAUCUGUAGACUCGUAGUUUUCGUAGACUCUUUUCUGUAGACUCUAUACUGUAGACUCUAUACUGUAGACUCUAUUCUGUAGACUUAUACUGUAGAUUUAUUCUGUAGACUCUAUACUGUAGACUCUAUACUGUAGACUCUAUCUGUAGACUCUAUACUGUAGACUCUAUAUGUAGACCUUUGUAGACUCUAUACUGUAGACUCUAAGUAGACUUUCUGUAGACUCUAUACUGUAGACUCUAUACUGUAGACUCUAUACUGUAGACUCUAUACUGUAGACUCUAUUCUGUAGACUCUAUACUGUAGACUCUAGACUGUAGACUCUAUUCUGUAGACUCUAUACUGUAGACUCUAUUCUGUAGACUCUAUACUGUAGACUCUAUACUGUAGACUCUAUACUGUAGACUCUAUACUGUAGACUCUAUACUGUAGACUCUAUACUGUAGACUCUAUACUGUAGACUCUAUACUGUAGACUCUAUCUGUAGACUCUAUACUGUAGACUCUAUCUGUAGACUCUAUACUGUAGACUAUCUGAACUCUAUUCUGUAGACUAAUGACUAUAGACUCUAUCUGUAGACUCUAUACUGUAGACUCUAUUCUGUAGACUCUAUUCUGUAGACUCUAUACUGUAGACUCUAUUCUGUAGACUCUAUACUGUAGACUAUUCUGUAGACUCUAUUCUGUAGACUCUAUACUAUAGACUCUAUCUGUAGACUCUAACUGUAGACUCUAUCUGUUAGUAACUCUAUCUGUAGACUCUAUUCUGUAGACUCUAUACUGUAGACUCUAUCUGUAGACUCUAUACUGUAGACUCUAUACUGUAGACUCUACUGUAGACUCUAACUGUAGACUCUUACUGUAGACUCUAUUCUGUAGACUCUAUCUGUAGUCUAUACUGUAGACCUUCUGAGACUUAUCGUAGACUUAUUCUGUAGACUCUAUUCUGUAGUCUAUACUGUAGACUCUAUCUGUAGACUCUAUACUGUAGACUCUAUACUGUAGACUCUAUACUGUAGACUCUAUACUGUAGACUCUAUACUGUAGACUCUAUACUGUAGACUCUAUUCUGUAGACUCUAUACUGUAGACUCUAUACUGUAGACUCUAUACUGUAGACUCUAUACUGUAGACUCUAUUCUGUAGACUCUAUUCUGUAGACUCUAUUCUGUAGACUCUAUACUGUAGACUAUUCUGUAGACUCUAUCUGUAGACUCUAUACUGUAGACUCUAUACUGUAGACUCUAUACUGUAGACUCUAUACUGUAGACUCUAUACUGUAGACUCUAGACUGUAGACUCUAUACUGUAGACUCUAUACUGUAGACUCUAUUCUGUAGACUCUAUAUCUGUAGAUCUAUACUGUAGACUCUAUACUGUAGACUCAUAUACUGUAGACUCUAUACUGUAGACUCUAUUCUGUAGACUCUAUACUGUAGACUCUAUACUGUAGACUAUUCUGUAGACUCUAUUCUGUAGACUCUAGACUGUAGACUCUAUACUGUAGACUCUAUACUGUAGACUCUAUACUGUAGACUCUAUACUGUAGACUCUAUACUGUAGACUCUAGACUUUAGACUCUAUUGUAGACUCUAUACUGUAGACUCUAUCUGUAGACUCUAUACUGUAGACUCUAUACUGUAGACUCUAUACUGUAGACUCUAUACGUAGACUCUAUACUGUAGACUCUAUACUGUAGACUCUAUACUGUAGACUCUAUACUGUAGACUCUAUACUGUAGACUCUAUACUGUAGACUCUAUACUGUAGACUCUAUACUGUAGACUCUAUACUGUAGACUCUAUACUGUAGACUCUAUACUGUAGACUCUAUAAUGUAGACUCUAUACUGUAGACUCUAUACUGUAGACUCUAUACUGUAGACUCUAGACUGUAGACUCUAUACUGUAGACUCUAUACUGUAGACUCUAUUCUGUAGACUCUAUACUGUAGUCUCUAUACUGUAGACUCUAUACUGUAGACUAUAUUCCGUAGACUCUAUACUGUAGACUCUAUACUGUAGACUCUAUACUGUAGACUCUAUACUGUAGCUAUACUUAGACUCUAUACUGUAGACUCUAUACUGUAGACUCUAUACUGUAGACUCUAUACUGUAGACUCAUACUGUAGACUCUAUACUGUAGACUCUAUACUGUAGACUCUAGGACUUAGACUCUAUAUGUAGACUCUAUACUGUAGACUCUAUACUGUAGACUCUAUACUGUAGACUCUAGACUGUAGACUCUAUACUGUAGACUCUAUACUGUAGACUUUAUACUGUAGACUAGACUGUAGACUCUAUACUGUAGACUCUAUACUGUAGACUCUAUACUGUAGACUUAUACGUAGACUCUAUACUGUAGACUCUAUACUGUAGACUCUAUACUGUAGACUCUAUACUGUAGACUCUAACUGUAGACUCUAUACUGUAGACUCUAUACUGUAGACUCUAUACUGUAGACUCUAUUCUGUAGACCUCUAUACUGUAGGUCUCCGAUUACUUAGACUCAUACUUGACUAGACUGUAGACUCUAUUAAUUCGUAGACUCUAUACUGUAGACUCUAUAGACUGAUAAGACUCUAUUAUGUAGACUCUCUACUGUAUAGACUCUAUACUGUAGACUUCAUACUGUAGACUCUAUACUGUAGACCUCUAUACUGUAGACUCUAUACUGUAGACUCAGGACUGUUGACUCUAUAACUGUAAGACUCUAUUACUGUAGACUCUAGAUGUUUAGACUAUAAUUUCGUCGGCCUCUUACUGUAGGGGGACCUUUUUAUUACUGUAGACUAGACGGUUCGACUCUAUACUGUAGACUCUAGAAUGUAGGACUCUAUACUGUAGACUCUAUUCUGUAGAUAGGCCCUCUAUACUGUAGACAUCUAUUACUGUAGGACUCUAUUUCUGUAGACUCUAUAAUGUAGACUCUAUACUGUAGACUCUAUUCUGUAGACUCUAUACUGUAGAUCUAUACUGUAGACUCUAGACUGUAGACUCUAUUCUGUAGACUCUAUACUGUAGACUCUAUACUGUAGACUCUAGACUGUAGACUCUAUACUGUAGACUCUAUUCUGUAGACUCUAUACUGUAGACUCUAUACUGUAGACUCUAUACUGUAGACUCUAUUCUGUAGACUCUAGACUGUAGACUCUAGACUGUAGACUCUAAUUAUUACAAGGUGGAGGUGGUGCAAAGGGAGAACAAACAACUUAAAGAAACCUUGCUUGAUGUACCAGUGUCGAUCAAAGCAGGACAAUCUCAUCUUCUCAGGGAUACUGGAGAAUGACAACAGCAGAGGCUGUGAGGACACUGUCCGAGACUUUGAUGUAAACUCAACUGAAACUGCCCACAGAUGUAGUGCGUAA